AUGGAUUCUAUAGAAAUGUGUUUUAACGAUAAUAUUACCAAUUUUGUAUAUAGAACCAACAAUUAUUUCAACAAGUACCAAAAUAUGUCUAUCUAUUCUAAAACAAUAGUGUUCUUAAUCAUAUUAAUCAUCUGCUGUAUUGGAGUCCCAUUAAAUGGAAUUGUGAUCUGGCUACUUGGCUACCAGAUUAAGAGAAACCCUUUCACUGUGUUGAUUCUGAAUUUAGCUAUUGCCGACUUUAGUUUUCUUCUGUUUAUGGCUAUAAACUGCAUUAAUUAUUUUGCAGAUUUUAUACCAUCAGGAAUUCCCUGUGUGCUCUUCAUUUCUAUUUCUGACAUUAUGUAUAUCAAUGGUCUGUUACUUCUGGUAGCCAUCAGCAUUGACCGGUGUGUGGCUGUCCUCUUCCCAAUCUGGCAUCGCUGUUCCCGGCCAAAACAUUUGUCCUCUGCUGUCUGUGCUUUUAUCUGGAUCUGCUCUUUCCUCCUGGGUGGAAUUCCAAACAUUGUGGAAUAUGUAUUGGAAUCUAAUGCCAACUUGUACCCACAUUUGCUGAUGACUACUGAGAUCUGUAUUCCAUUGAUCACAACCUCUACUGUGAUUCUUUUAGUCAAAAUAGUUCUUAAACCUAAGCAGAAAAAACGGGGAAGACUUUUAGUAAUGAUCUUAAUUACUCUUCUCUGUUUUCUUAUUUUAACUGUUCCCUUAGAUAUCUACCUCUUCAUUAUUAAUGUUCUUGACAAGAAUUAUUUUUCACAAUUUCCUCUGUUGGACCAAUAUUUUGUACUGAGUGCUUGCUUAAACAGCAGCAUUAACCAAGUGAUCUAUUUUCUGGUUGGGAGAAAAAAACAAACUCAGUCCAGGGAAAGCAUCAAGGCCAUUUUUCAAAGAGUCUUCAGGGAAGAUGAAGUGUCUGAAGCCAGAUAG